CAGUUGCAUUCGCAGAGAGCACCUCGCCUUCAGCGCCACCGGACCCCCGCCUAUAAGCAGCAUCAAAACAAGGCCAGCCACCAACUCUCUUCUUUGCCAUUCGCUUCUAUUCCAGACAUUUGCCCCCAUCAACCAGGAUUACUAUACUCGAUGGCUUAGACUUUGUCCGAAGUCGUCCUCCGCAUCAUUCCCUCAUACGCAUUUACAAGAAGAAAAAUGGAACCAAGAACUUCAGAACCUCAAGACAUCGAAAUGGACUUCGGCCUGCACAGCGACGCAGACCUGCCUGAACCACCACCUCGACUUGCAGCUCGUUUCUACCGCAAAUCGAGUGCGCGAAGAAAGACCUCUGCCAAUUCCUCCCGUCGAAGUUCUAUAUCCUCUAUACAGUCUCAUUCCUCCACACGGUCCAGCCAUGGCGGUCCACACAGCACACACAUCGCACAACAUCUUCGACGCGCCUCGAUCAUUGAGAGCCGAAAAGCACGUCUCGCUGACAGAGCGGCGCAUGCCGAACAAGUCAGAUUGAGAGCUGCUGCUGCCAAAGCCGCUCGGGGAGUGUCGUAUAGCGAAGAGAAGGCUUUGGCCGCGCAAGCAGCUCGGGAGAAAAUGCUGGCCGACAUUACUGCUCGAUGCGAGGAGGAGGUUCGCCGUGCGAAGAAGGUCGCAGAAGAGGUCAAAGAGAAAAAGGCUGCAGAGUUGGCCAGACUCAAGGACGAGAUGGCAGAGAAGUUCACCGAGGCGGCACGCAGGAAGUCCAUAUAUCAACAAGGUAUGCGAAGGCCGAGGUUGUCUUCGCUUGCUGCUGUUGAGGAAAAGAAGGUGGCUCCCUCAGUAUUAACGGAGAUUGAUCGCGUCUAUGCCGUAAAGGUCAUUCAACGAUCAUGGAGGAGAUACCACAGCAGCAAAGUCAGGACCGACUUUCGUGCGCUGGGGCUGAACCUCGCCCGUGCCCGGGCGAUUUCUUUUGAAGAGUUGACCGGGCUGCUCUCCAUCGAGCGUACCACUGCCGUCACCUUGCGACUUCUGAAACAACUUGGAGUUUUUGAGGAUGGCUCAGACGACUCGACAGCCAUUCGUGUCUUCCUGAGUGCAUAUCUGGUUCUAUCGCACCCCGUGCAAGCUUUCAGCCAUGGUGGAAAUGAACCUCAAGAGCAGGAGCUGAUGGCAAAAGCUCAAGCCCUCAUCGACUGUUUCGAAGCACAUAUCAUGACUACGAUUGCGACCUCUCCUCGGGAUGGCUUGCCGGCAAGCAAUGAUGCUUUGUGCUUCUCCUACAACGACUUCUCCGUCACAUUCCAUGCUUGGAAGAGUCAAGAUCUAUCGGUCCUCGUUGAUACCUUGAUCGGCUCUUUCGUCAAUCUUGACUUGAUACUUCAAGCGACCAAAGAUGAUCACGAGGGCCGCGUCGCGCAAGAUUACCUUGAUGCCGUCCGACAAGAGCAGAUCAAAUUGCUAGCGCGGCUGAAGAGACUCGCUGGACCGGACCAAGCUCUCUCAAAGGUGAGGCUUGCUGUAAGGAAGGCUCGGAAACAGCGCGCUGCCGAGCAGAGUCAAAAGACCGUGGAACAGAUUCCUCGUGCUUCUACCCCAGUGAAUGAGAACCAUUCGACGCUCAACGCAGCGCCCUUGACACCUCCGGCUACUCCGCAACCGUAUCAACGUGAAAGGGAUCUGAAGACUUCGGCAUUCGCCAACAAUCUGGGCCAGAUCAUGACAGUCCUGCCGUCAAACCGUGAAAUCGCUCACGAGAUCCUCAUCAACGGCAGCUUUGAGGUAAAUCAACGACCGUGGACUGAUGCGCGGAAGGAUCUGAUGAACACCCUCCGCACAAGCAUGCGUGCUAGCAUGCAAGAUGGCAGCAGUGAUGCCGCUGCGACCUGGACUCAUGCAAUGGCGGUCUUGAUUCGGGAGAAACUCAUGAAACUUAUAAGCCGAAGACAUCCUCUUUACGACAGAAUCGACGGCUUUCUGGAUACCGCCCUGAUCAACCAACAAUGUCGAAAUGGCAUGUUUUCAUAUACUUAUUUCUUCGAAACCAUUUCGGGAAUGAUUGCACAACUGUGUUCGCCCGGUCGUGACGAAAUUGUCAGGGCCUUUGCGACCGACACUACCAGCGAUACAAUUGAUCGCCUAUUUGACCUUAUCAACAUCAUCGACCUCAUGACUCUAGACCACAUCAAUUUUCAGUUCAGGCUGGCUGCAGAGUCCGUUCUGGAGCGCGGUCACGAACAUGAGAUCACAUCAUUUGAAAAAGAUCUCCGAGAAGGUGUACAUGUACUUGGACGGACGAAGCAAUGGUGGUCUGCUGCAAAGGUCGCUGUGGCUCCAAACACCAGCGCCGGUGCCAUAUAUGCCCGAGCAUUGACAGAUCUCGUGCUGCGGAACACCCAUCUAUCCUAUCGUAAUCUACCAGAGACUUUGCAGAUGGACUACGUCCGCCUGCUCAAGUUUAGGGCUCGCGCGUUCCACAUGGUUGCUACAUCUUCUGUUCUUCUGACGACCAAGAUUCGGCUCAGGCGGAAUCGAGAGUCAUUGUGGACCAAAGAUGCCGAAAGGCUGAUGUCGUUGGACCUUCUGAGCACCGACGUCAAUCGGAUUGUGUCUCUGGUCGAAUCGUCGCACAUGAUGCCUGAGUCGACCAAGGAAGGUUUGUCCAACUUCGUCAGUCGCGUCCUGCCUGCUGCCGUUGAUGCGGCGAGAAACGCAGAGACAGCUGAACAAGACCACCAAGACGCCAUUCACAGUUCAUCAGAAUAUACGCCGUCAGAAGCCGGGGACGACGAGACAGGAGAUGUCUUCACGGAGCAGAUUGCCGGCUUCUUGCUGAAAUCCUUGCGAGAGCACGUCUUUGCCAGAUUGUCUGCUUCCGGCACUGCUGAGAGAGUGCGGACUACGACCGGUGCGGCUGAGGUCCUGGCCAGAGCGGGCAUGCCUGAACUUCUGGAAGAGGUCAAUCGCUUGGUUGAUGGUCUUGGAAGGAUUCGCGCAGUCGACUUGAAGGCUCAUGGGAAAUGGUAUGAUCAAGUUGCUGCUGAGUUGGCGUGAUUUUCUUGCCAGCGGGGCGUUUCAUUGGAGAUGGAUGUGCAUGCUUGUGCGGUUGUAUAUAUGAUGCCUUUAUGACUUGUUGUUGCAUUGCUGGGCAAACUUCAUGG